AUGGGUGGAGAGACAUAUGUCGCGGUGGACGGAGAGAAGCGGGUUGCAUCACUGGAACUUAGUAGGAACGGAACCCGGCUUCAGACGGCGUCUCGCCUUGUAAGCGAUGAAUUGGACCGGCAGGUCCCGCUCGAAGCAAUCGUCUUCGAAGUGCCUCGAGCAGACGACCCAGUUGUUGGUGAUGCGGUGGAUCUGCCCGUCCCGUCCGACCGAGUCCAACCAGAUCUGGGCGAGAUGAACAUCCUUGGGGAAGCGGUGCGUGCUGGUCGGGCGGAUAGCGUCGUUCUUCGGCCGGCCGGAGUUGGUGUUGCAGCCCGGAACGAUGCACGUGCCAGUGGCCUCCAGUGCGGAUUCCCCGGCCGGCCGGCCAACGGCGGGACCGUCAACGAUGCCACCUUCUACUUCUACAGGGACCUGGCCACGUACCAGUGCGCGGACGGGUUCGUCCUCUUCGGGCCGAGUCAGCGGAUGUGCAUGAAGAAUGGGACGUGGAGCGGGGCGCUGCCCACGUGCGAGUUCAAUUUGGCCCGUGGGAAGGUGAGCCAGCAGAGCCUGACGUUAUUGAACUACCGAUCGGAUCUGGCCGUGGACGGAGACCCGGAGACGUGCUCGUACACGCCGAGGGACACGGAUUCAUCGAGGUGGUGGCAGGUGAACCUGGGACGAAGGUACAAUAUAGCCUCCGUCGGGAUCCGUAUCAACAGAGGGACUUACCAGGCGUUCACGGUGUUCGUGAUCGACGUGCGGGAGGAGAAGCGGGCGCUGUACCAGGAGUGCGCCAGGUUCUCGGGGACGUUUCUCUCGGACAAGGCGAUGUUCAGAUGCAACGGGGGGCUGGGGACGCCGGGGCAGUUCGUCUACAUCAGGGACGACCGGCAGACGCAGGAGCACCUGGGGCUCUGCGAGGUCCAGGUCUUCGCCACUCGAGGUAGAAUUCGAAAGAAGAAACGAGUCUUUGUUGAACCCACAGACCGGGUGCCAUGUGGAGACCCCGAGCAGCCGAUCUACAGCAGCGUGAGCCGGACGGAGAACCAGGCCCAUUACUCCUGCCUCCCCGGCUUCACCUUGAGGGGGGAGACGGUGCGGAACUGCCUGGCUGACGGGCAGUGGUCAUCCUCGCCUCCGACGUGUCUCGAGCAAGAGUGCGAGGCGCCGUUGCAGAUCGAGAAUGGGUUCUUGCUCGUCCCCGGCUUCAAAGGCAGAUACGUGUUCGGGCUUCGGGCCAUCUACAAGUGUAACCCUGGGUUUCUUCUCUGGGGGAAUGCCACGAUGACCUGCGGUCCUCUUGGGGUCUGGUCCGGGUCUGUGCCGCAGUGCAAGAAGGUGCAGUGUCCGGCUCCACCGUCAUUCGCGAAUGCGAGAUUGAUCCUUCCCGACGGAUCUACCGAAUGGGAAGCCGUUGCCGUUUAUCGAUGCGAUCCUGGAUUCAUCCUGCCGGAUGGCGGAAGGGAGGUGAAGACCAGAUGCAUCGACUCGGGAGAGUGGGAGUCGGUCGUGGUGGACUGCACGAGCGAGACGCGGGAGGACCGAGGACGGAGUCUGGAGACGGAGGUGCGGGGCACGAUCGACGACCACGAGGUGGGGAAGACGGUGGAGGUGGAGGAAGGGGAAGGGGAGGUGGAGGGGGAGGCGGCGGAAGGAGAGGGGGAAGUGACGGGGAGACUGAAGGAGGCGUCGAAGGUGGAGGUCAUCAUGGGGAUCAUCGCCAUGACCGUCGUGCUGUGUCUCGUUCUGGCCAUCAUGGGAUAUCUCUUUCUCAAGCGCAGGCGUUCUCGAGGCGACGAGAAGGAAAGCGUGCUGAAGCCGCGCUCCACCCCGCGCUGCCCCUGCAUCGAGGCCCGCGACCACCUCUACGACGAGGUCUACACCCCGUCGACCCGCAGCCGCCUCUCCUCGACCGCCGGCACGGGCCAGACCCCAGCGACGGGCGACUACGACUCCCUGGAGCCGAUCUCCAUCUACCACCCGAUGGACUCUUCCAUCUCGGACGGUUCGUCCUCCUUCUACGACAACCCCUCGCUCGUCUACGACGUCCCGGGGAAGGGACAGUCGGACCGGGAGCAUCGAUACGAGAACCUUCCGGUCCUGAAGCCCCUCCACGCCCCCAAGGGCACCGCGAUGCCCGACGUCCUGAAGGUGUCGACCAACGUCCCCGCGGACAUCCUCGCCCUCUACGCCAAGGUGAACAAGGCGAAGAAGACCAAGACGAAGGGAUCGGAAGCGCCGAACGACCCGCCGAAAUCCUCUAGUCCCCCCCACUACGACACGAUCCCCGCUCACCCCCGUCCCAACCCGGACUACGAGACCCUGGACGAAGCCCGCCAGAAGCCGGAAGAGGGCGUCAUCUACGCCGAGAUCGACGUCCCGACCCGCGAAACCGAUCGCCAGCAGUCGCUCGAGGAAAAAGUGGUCUACACCAACGUGAGGCCUCUCCCGCCCAUCCCGGACGCCCGGGACUCCACCAAGAGUCCCAUCCCCCAGAUCCACAUGAUCUGAGCGAGGGGAAACGCAGCGCGAAUCGGCCCCGUGCAAUACCGACGACGGGCUCCGUCCUUCUCGCGAUCCGAAGAGCCUCGACGAGUUCCGCGCCGUUCCUCGACCCCUUCGCGUGGACGAAGUUUCAUCUCGCUGGAAUCUCGCAUCGGCUCGUCCCCAUUCCAUAUUGGAACCGCGGGUCGUCGUUCGGAUUUCCUCCUCGCCUAAAGAACCGUGUUAGAACUUACCGAAUUAUUUUAUGGGGAAAGAGAUGGAGAUUUUUUUGUGAUACAUAACACGGCUGACGGAAUUGCAAAGCUUUUGCAACAGCUACUCCCCUUGGUGGUGCUUCCGCUUUUGUAUUAUAUUUUCCCGUGGACAUAAAGAAUGAAGCUUUCUUUUCGAA